UGUGAAUCUCUCCCCUGUAUAUCAGUUAAAAUGGGAGAAACAGAAGAGGAGGCGGUGGAAGGUAAUAGGCCACUGAGUCCCUCAUGCUCAGAUGAUGUUCCACGUACGCCACCAAUACCUCCCCUGCCUCUCCCUGCCGCAAUUGGAGGAGGGCUGUUGGGGUCUGAUGAUGAAGAACAAGAGGACCCUCGAGAUUACUGCCGAGGUGGGUAUUACCCAGUAAAGAUUGGGGACCUGUUCAAUGGGCGCUACCAUGUGGUGCGGAAACUCGGCUGGGGGCACUUUUCUACCGUCUGGCUUUGUUGGGACAUUCAGCGAAAGCGUUUUGUAGCUCUCAAAGUGGUGAAGAGUGCGGUGCACUAUACAGAGACGGCGGUGGAUGAGAUAAAGCUGCUAAAAUGUGUACGAGACUCCGAUCCCAGUGACCCUAAGCGUGAGAAUAUUGUCCAAUUGAUUGAUGACUUCAAGAUCUCAGGAAUCAACGGUGUCCACGUCUGUAUGGUCCUGGAAGUUUUAGGGCACCAGCUGUUGAAAUGGAUCAUCAAGUCCAACUACCAAGGGCUUCCUAUACCUUGUGUCAAGAGCAUCCUACGUCAGGUGUUGCAGGGCCUUGACUACCUCCACACAAAGUGCAAAAUAAUCCACACAGACAUCAAGCCAGAGAAUAUCCUGCUGUGUGUAGACGAGAGUUAUGUGCGGCGCCUGGCAGCUGAGGCCACUGUCUGGCAACAGGCAGGUGGGCCUCCUCCCUCUGGCUCUGCAGUCAGCUCUGCACCCCAAGAAAGCCUGAAUGGCAAGCUUUCGAAGAACAAGCGGAAGAAGCUGAAGAGGAAGCAGAAAAGGCAGAGCCAGCUCCUGGCCGAACGGCUUCGGGACCUUCAGCAACUGGAAGACCUGUCGGCCGUGGCGGCGGGCGAUGCCGGCGAGUCAGCCAUGAGCCCAGAGCUGCAUGGUGGAGCCCCCAUCCCAAUCUCCACCAUUGGAGGGUCAGAUCCCAUGGGGGGCUCUUUAGCCUGCAGCCCCCAAAGCUUGACAUCAUCUUCUGGCUUCUACACGCACAACGCCUACGACAGCUGCAACGGGCACUCUCCGCCUGGCACUGCCAGCCGCCAUUUCAGCCCAGAGUCUGCAACCUCCGGCUUCUCAGGGUCCCUCUUCUCCGGCUCAGCCAUGUCGAGCACUUCUAACCAGCGAGAACGCGGAGGGCUUCUUUCCCCUAGCACUUUUGGUACCUCUCAAUUCCUGGUGAACCCUUUGGAACCCCAAAAUGCAGACAAGAUCAGAGUGAAGAUAGCAGAUCUGGGGAAUGCCUGUUGGGUGCAUAAACAUUUUACAGAGGAUAUUCAGACUCGCCAGUAUCGAGCACUGGAGGUCCUCAUUGGUGCCAUCUAUAGUACUCCAGCUGAUAUCUGGAGCACAGCAUGUAUGGCGUUUGAGCUGGCCACGGGCGAUUACCUCUUUGAACCGCACUCCGGCGAGGAUUAUACCAGGGAUGAAGAUCAUAUUGCCCAUAUCAUUGAGUUACUGGGUGACAUCCCACCACACUUUGCUCUGUCAGGGCGUUAUUCCCGUGAGUACUUCAACCGACGAGGAGAACUGCGUCACAUUAAGAACUUGAAGCACUGGGGCCUGUACGACGUCUUGGUGGAGAAAUACGAGUGGCCCCUUGAGCAAGCCGCCCAGUUCACAGACUUCCUCUUGCCCAUGAUGGAAUUCCUCCCAGACGAGCGGGCGACAGCCGCCCAGUGUUUGGAGCACCCGUGGCUCAACUCCUAACGAUGCCAGAUGACAUCCAGACUGACUGACUGGUUGCCGAAGGAAGGGGACGGUAGCUCACGUGGAAUUCCCUGGCGUGGGGGGGACUAGGUCCUGCUAGUGGGGUGGAGGGGGGCAGUUGUUUUUCUCCCCAUGUUCCUCUCCCUCACUAGAGGGCUUCUCAGGAUGUGAUGUUGGGAGGCUGUUCUCUCUCCAGCUAGUUACACUGGAACAUGGAUGGGAAUCAUGUUGUGGCUGCUUCUGAAACACUACCAGAGGAUAACUGUGAACCCCACACUCCUUGUUUUCCUCCCUAGAGGCUGCCUUCAUCGAGUUGUCAGUGGCCACCUUCCCUUCUGCCCUUGACCCCUGCUGUUUGACUCAUUUUAAUUAGUCCUGGGACUCCUUGCAGAACACACCCACCCCAUCCUUGUUCUGAAAAGCAGAAGGGAAAUGGCCCCCACCCUUCUCAACCCCAGGGGGCAAGAAAGUGAAUGAUGCAGAGCUGUUGGAAAGGAAAUGUGUUCCGUAUGUGUUUGUGUGAACCAGGUAGCGUUGAAAUGUGUGGCUCUUCAGGGUUUCCGAGGUAAAGUGCGAGGCGUGUGUGAACGUUUGAGCAAGAUGUUGGAAGGAGCAGAUGGUACCUUCUUUGGGUGCUCUUCUGGAGGUUGCCCGAGUCUGUUACCCUUCCUUCCCACACACUCUCUCGUCCAAAUGUCUAUCCCGAGGAAACCUGGCCUUUCUUAAGAUUGUGUGGGCGUAUGCAUUUUAUGCAACACGAUGUGACCUUGGCAUGUAUGCUCAGUCAUGCAGCUACUGGGAGGGAGAGGCCUGUGGAGGAAGCAGGAGAAAUAGUAUAUAGAUAGUGUGGCAGGAGGGAUUCCAGUUCCCAAGUGGCUGUCAGCCCCUAGUGCCUCAUGUAGCGGGAACAGCAGACAGCGGCUAGGAGGAAUUUUACGAGAAUUGUGACAAGGAGCAGAGAAAACAGGGCCUGACAGAAUGUGGCCAUUCCUUCACCCUGUGAGCACUGGUGUGUCCUGUUUCCUGCUGCCAUGUAAAUAGAUAUUAGGUUAUGCUGCAGUUCCUUGUAUGCCUGUUUUACACUAGCCAGGGGCUGAAUUACAAGUAACUGCUUGCAAUUUGGUAUUCUGAGAAUCUCAGUUGUUUAAAAAAAAACAAAACCUGUAUUUUUUCCUAGCUGUCAUUAUUAUGAAGAAAACAUUUUUGUAAAAGAAGGAACUUCUUCAUCCCUUGUUUCUAGUUCUGAUUUACUUUUCUUUUACAGUAUUGCCUCAGUUUCCUUUAUCGAUCCACUUUUUCCUCAGUUUUUCAGAUGGUAGGAGAUAUAAAUUACAGUAAGCCUCAUGGGACAGAACUAAGCUGUGGAUCUAGGGGCCACUUUUGCCACUCCUCUGGAAUCCACCAUAUGCUGCUUUUCCUACAAUUUUAUUUUUAUUUUUAUCAAUCAGAAGCUUGUGUUCACUGGGGGGACCCCCACAACCUGUUAUUUACUUCCAAGGAGAAAUUGCCAUAAGGAGCAGUAAUUCUCUGUCUGGACUCUUCUUAAAAAGUCCUCAGUAGGUCUGGAAUCCAGGGAACCAAUGGUUUUGCCCACCUCUGCCCUGGGUAUUGGCAUAAUGGAUUCUAUACCUUACCCUAUAUGCAGGUGGAGAGGGAAUGUAGCGUGUGAGUUUGUGUGAUUACCCUCCGCUUUUUCUCCAUCUGGUAGAUAUGUUUAGGGAUGGCUAGAAUUGUAGUCACCUUGAAUGGCCACUACACCCCUCCUCUUCCAUUUAUGUUUGACAUUUUAAUGAUCUAUAGUAAAGUUUUAAUUUUCUUUAAAGCAGGAAAAACAGCUGCUCUGGAAAGCUUGGCUUAGAGGAGUAAACUGUCCAAGCUACUUUGUGCCUUUUGAGGAGUCCCCUGGGCAAUGAGUCUUGGGUCUGCAGAUGUUGUUGGACUGUAACUCCCAGAAUCGUUGACCAUCUGCCAUACUGUGUAUCCUUCUGGGAGUGGAAGCCAAACAGCAGCUAGGGACCACAUUUGGCAGCCAUUGCUCUAUAGUCUCUCCACCCCAAAAAGGAAUAAAAUUCCAACUCUAACAAAGACAAAGAAGAGUAAGAAAAUGCCUGGAGACAAGCUUAAAAUCCAGAACCUUCACUUCUAUCCCAAAGACACUGGGUUGGACCUAGUUGAAUUUUAGCUAAAUUGCUUUCCAUGGGAACUAAGUCUGUCUCACUCCAAACUGCACUCCAGGGAUGCCUGAGCAGUCAGUCAUUCCAGCUGUGUGCUCCAGUCUCAGCAUGUAAGUGGGCAAGGGGACAAGGUGUUGAAGCAUCUUUGGCAUGGAACCAUCUGGGUGCAUUAUGACCCAGAGGAGUGUCUUUAAACCAAAGUUGUCGUCAGAGAAGAACAAGGUGGCAAGAGAGUGAGACGGGAGCAUUUCCUUGCACUGUAGUUCAUCAGGAAGCCAUGGCCUUCGUUUGAAGUGUGGCCUGUGUAUGCUGUGUUGGGGGAGUGAGUGAGUGAGUGUGUGUGUGUGUAUUCUGAACCCUACCCCCAUGCUGUUGCAGGGAUUGAAUUUAAAGACUUUUCAUUAAAAAUUUGCAAUAAUUCA